AAAUUGGGGGAGACGUCACUCCAAGUGUUCAUUCAGGAGUAAUAAGACGAAUGGUGAACAGAGAUCCACGAGCGCAGCGCAAAAGUUAAGCACCAAAACAAGUCAAUGGUGUGGCAUCGUCCUACACGCUCACAACCGCUGUGGAGAGCUGUACUGUCCUACUGUGGAGAGCUGUACUGUCCUACUGUGGAGAGCUGUACUGUCCUACUGUGGAGAGCGAGGAAGACAGCAGCCCGAGCACAAAGAGAGAGAUAGGUACAGAUAUUGGAUUUUGAUGUUAAACCUUCAUCUCUUUGGAUAACCUGAGGAUACUAAAACUGUUCCUUUGGCGGUUUGGAACAUCCCACAAGGAUUCUAAAAACGGUUCCUUUGGCGGUUUGGAACAUCCCACAAGGGUUCUAAAAACGGUUCCCUUUGGCGGUUUGGAACAUCCCACAAGGGUUCUAAAAACGGUUCCCUUUGGCGGUUUGGAACAUCCCACAAGGGUUCUAAAAACGGUUCCCUUUGGCGGUUUGGAACAUCCCACAAGGGUUCUAAAAACUGAAGAACAACGAAGUGGAACUCGAAGGAUUUAUAUUUUGUUCUUUUAUUUUUUAUAUCCUUUUUGUACCCCCCAACACUUUGGAAUAGGGGGCUUUGGAAUAAAGGGGAUAUAUUGGCGGGUGACGCGGUUGCCCAGGACAAGCGAGAAGGAUGGCAGUUUGGUUCACGUUUAUCAUCGCAUUCAGCACCACGAUACUGACACAGGUAUUUGGAUCCGGGGUUUUUGAGCUCGAUCUACAUGAAUUUACAAACAGCAAAGGAUUUCUGGCGAAUGGCAACUCUUGCAGGCUCAACUGCAGGACUUUCUUUCGAGUCUGUCUCAAAAACUACCAGGCUGUAGUGUCGCCAGGUGACUGUAUCUUUGGGAGCGCCGUGACACCGGUCCUGGGGACCAACUCGUUUAGCGUGAAGAACGGGGGCACUUUUGGCAGACCCAUCCGACUGCCUUUCAACUUUGGAUGGCCGGGAUCGUUUUCAAUGAUAAUUGAAGCCUGGUAUUCACCUUCAGCGGAUCUACCUGUAGACACCAGCAACCCAGAGAUGUUGAUUAGUUUCUUUGCCAUCCAGAGACAGCUGGGCGUAGGGACCGCCUGGUCUCAGAACAUUGAGAGUGUACAACAGACUGAGUUAAGGUAUUCUUACCGCUUCAUCUGCAAUGACAAUUACUACGGAGAAAGUUGUUCCAAAAUAUGCACGCCGAGGGACGACCGUUUUGGCCACUACACCUGCGACCGCGAUGGCCAGUUGUCCUGUCUGCCCGGCUGGAAGGGGGAAUACUGCGAAGAACCCAUCUGCCUGGUGGGAUGCAGUGAAGGGAAUGGAAACUGCUCCAGUCCUGGCGAGUGUGUUGUGUCUCUCUCUCCAGGUGGUCUAUGUUUGAUCCAUGUUGGCGUGCGUCUGUGUAGCUGUCGCUCCGGUUUCACAGGCCAGCGCUGCGAGAUCAACAUCAACGAGUGUGCCGGUAACCCCUGCACCAACGGAGGGACCUGCCUGGACCGCAUCAACGACUACACCUGUGCCUGCCCCCCGGGGUACGCCGGCCGAAACUGUGACCGCGUCCUGGAGGAGUGCUCCAUGCGCCCCUGUCUCAACGGAGGACUCUGCACCGGGGAAGGGGGACCGGGGAAAUCCCCCACCACCUGUAUCUGUCCCGCCGGCUUCACAGGACCCCGCUGUCAGUUCUUUGCAGUGACCCUGCCAGUCGGUGGUGAGAGGAUCAACGGAGAGAGCCAAGAUGGCUUCCAGUGGGCGGCAGUUUCCCUGGCUGUAGGGCUGGUUGCGUUUCUGGUGCUGCUAUGCAUGGUGGGGCUGGCUCUAAGACACAUCCACAGACAGAUGGGCAGGGACAGAGGAGACCGGGAGACCAUGAACAACCUAUCAGACGUACAGAAGGAUAACCUUAUCCCCGCCUCCCAGCUGAAGAACACCAAUCAGAAGGUUGUACUGGAGGUGGACUGCGAAUCAGAGAAGUCAAAUUUUAUCCACAAGAACUAUCACUUGGACUAUAGUAAUGCAAAGUCGAAGGAGUUCAAGGAUGAUAAGUCGCAAGAGGAUAAAAGACUAAAUCACAUCUACGACAAGUGUUUAGAAGAGAAAAUACCGAUGAGUGGAAUGUACAGUGAAAAGGAGGAGUGUAGGAUAUCAACGAUAUGUUCCCCUCGAGACUCUCAGAUCUACCAGUCUGUCUUUGUUAUAGGAGAAGAGAAGAGGGAGUGCGUCAUAGCAACAGAGGUAUAAAGCUGUGUGAGUUAGAAAAGCGAGGGAGCAAGAAGGCGGAGGAGAAAGGCAAUCAAAGGCAGAAAAUAUGUUUCUGGAUUGUUUACAAAGAACCUGAGGAGAGACUGAAGAUCUGUUUCUGAUCUGUUUCUGAUCUGUUUCUGAUGUCACUGCUGCUCUGGAGCACUAGAGAGACGGGACCAUGGAGAAAAACAGAGAGACAGAGAAGAGAGCGGAAUCUCUCCUCCGUGAAAAAUGAAAAAAAUUAAACACUCUAGACUGAACUUUACUGAACUUUAACAUUGACCGAGUGUUUGUAUACAAAAUGUGUACAGUUCACAGUCAUGGACCUAUUAACUUCUGGGAACAAAUGGUUAAAUGAACUGUUAAAUGACUGACUGAACUGCACUGGGUGUGGAGGGGACUGGUAGAGCAUCAUUAUUAAGCAAAAACAAUGAACCUGAACUGAACUCAUCCGUCCUUGGCAGCGAUUGGAGGAGAGAGUAGGUGAAACAGGAAAAAUAUCCGUAGCUCGUAGUUGAACCCUGAUCCCUCAGUUGACCCUUGACUUAUCUCCAAGGGUAAUCGUGGUGACUCACGACAGCCAACUAAUCAAAAUGGAGGUGCCUGAGAUUAGACUGAUCUUUAACCCCUAGCCAGGAUCAUUGACCUGCUAUGCAGGGUCCAGGGUGGAGCUAACUCAAUGAAGAUCACCCACUGACCGCCACGACCGACCAGCAGUCGAAACCACAACAAACACAAUGAGAACAUUGAAUCUCUUGACUGAACAAACAAACGUCUCAUCGUUCAAUCUCUAGAAACAAAAAAUACUUGGUUGGACUUUUCCGGACUUUUCCAUUUCAUGCAAGAUGGUGAAAAGAUUGUAUGUCCAAAAUUUACUAGAAGCCUAAAAGAGUGUGUUUGGAUGCUAAAAAAACGAAACCCUUGUCUCUUCAUGGAGCAUUUGACCUACAAAAAUAAAAACAGAGGUGGAAAAUACACUUUUUGAAUCAACAGUAAUUUGGAGGUUGUGUGCACUAAAUAGGAUAUAUUAAUUUAAGACGCGACAAAUAAAUCACAGAAGCGUAAUACUCAGUUCUGUGCCAGCAGUAGUCCAAGAAAACAGGAAGGGAACCGACGGAUAAAUGUAUAUUUACAAUAAUCUCCGUCCCAAAUGGCACUCUAUUUCCUAUAUAGUAGUGCACUACUUUUGACCAGAGGCUUAUGAGCUCUGGUCAAAAGUAGUGCACUAAGUAAGGACGUAGGGUGUAAUUUGGGACAUAGACAAUAACAGCCCUGCACUAAAGAGACACAAAAGGAUUCCUAAAAGACACUGUCAUACCACUGCCUGCCUAUAAUGACUUUCUGAAAUUACAGAACCAAUCAUGUAAAAAAUAAAAAUAUUAAAUGAUGAUUAUUUCCAGAGUUUAAUUUAAAUAUUGAUGAAAGCUACAACUGCUCUUUAUAUGGUUUAUAAUAUUAUUUUGUAUAUAAGGACCAGACUUCUGAAGAAUAAAACAUUUUAAUUCCUUGUUAA